GAGAGAGAGAGAGAGAGAGAGAGAGAGAGGAGGUGGAGACACACACACAUACCUAUACAAGUGUUCAGUAUUGAUAUACAGGCCUUCACGUUCAUACUGAAUAUAACUUUCAUUUUAGUCAGGAUUAUAAUCGCUCGAACUGCUGGAAUUCCGUUGGUCCAUUUUAGAGGCUUAUUUUGUUCGUUUCCUUUUCGGUCUUUUCUGGUUUCUGUUGGAUCUUUAGUGUCUGGCUAGCGAGCACAGCUAACCGCAGCUAGCCGGAUAUUUCCUCUUUCCUCGGCCUCGGGAGCCCAGUACACCCACAGAAUGGCAUUAAAACGAAUUCACAAGGAGCUGACCGAUCUGGGCCGGGACCCGCCAGCGCAGUGCUCAGCAGGGCCGGUUGGAGAUGACUUGUUUCACUGGCAAGCAACAAUUAUGGGACCUAAUGACAGUCCUUAUCAAGGCGGUGUGUUUUUCUUGACCAUUCAUUUUCCUACAGACUACCCUUUCAAACCACCUAAGGUUGCUUUCACCACAAGAAUUUAUCACCCAAAUAUUAACAGUAAUGGCAGCAUCUGUUUGGAUAUUCUAAGGUCACAGUGGUCUCCUGCAUUAACUAUCUCUAAAGUUCUAUUGUCCAUCUGCUCACUGUUAUGUGAUCCAAACCCAGAUGAUCCAUUAGUGCCAGAGAUAGCACGUAUCUAUAAAACAGACAAUGAAAAGUACAACAGAAUAGCUCGGGAAUGGACUCAAAAAUCCCAGCUGUUUGAUGUUGAUCCUGAACCACGAAUAUCUGUCGGGAAAGGAAUCAUGGCUGGAGAGGACACAUACCAUCCGGGGUUCAUGGUGGAACCAAUUGAAUUCAAUAACGAAGCAUUGUGGAUGAACAUGGACCCGACACCAUUUCCAGGCAUUCACAACAAUAAUGUUAUGAGGACAGUCGACGGACCUUAUCUGCGAAUCAUCGAGCAACCAAAACAGAGGGGCUUCAGGUUCCGCUAUGGAUGUGAAGGCCCUUCCCAUGGAGGACUCCCAGGAGCCUCCAGCGAGAAGAACAGGAAGUCUUACCCACAAGUGAAGAUCUGUAACUACCAGGGAGCAGCACGAGUGGUCGUUCAGCUGGUGACCAACUCUCCGGAGCCCCAUCUUCAUGCUCACAGUCUGGUGGGCAAACAGUGUGAUAAAGGAAUCUGCAUUGCCGAUUUGCAGCCCAAAGACUCAAGUAUCAGUUUUCCUAACUUGGGCAUUUUGCAUGUGACAAAGAAGAACGUGAGUAAAAUUUUGGAGGAGAGGAUGAUUGAGGCCUACAGGAUGGGAUAUAACUACGGCAUAUUCAUCAAUCCUGAAAUAGAUGCCCUACAUGGAGAAGUUCGCAUACCCAGAGAACUCACAGAACCUGAGAGGACCCUGAUUAGCAGUGCAGCCAAUAAUCAGUCGAAGGAGAUGGACCUGAGUGUGGUCCGGCUCAUGUUCACAGCCUUCCUGCCCGACAGUGAUGGAGGGUUCUCCCGCAGGCUGGAUCCGGUCAUUUCCGACCCAAUCUUUGACAGCAAAGCCCCAAAUGCAUCCAAUUUGAAGAUAGUACGGAUGGAUCGAACUGCCGGCUGUGUGACCGGAGGAGAGGAGGUCUAUCUUCUAUGUGACAAAGUCCAGAAAGAUGACAUCCAGGUGCGGUUUUAUGAAGAUGAUGAUUCGGGUCUAACCUGGGAGGCCUAUGGGGAUUUCUCUCCGACUGACGUCCAUAGACAGUUUGCUAUCGUCUUCAAGACGCCUAAAUAUCGAGACCAGAACCUCCAGAAGCCCAUCUCUGUGUUUGUGCAGCUCAAGAGGAAGUCAGACAAUGAGACAAGCGAACCCAAGCCAUUCACUUACCAUCCACAGAUUAUAGACAAAGAAGAGGUCCAGAGAAAGAGACAGAAAACCCUGCCAAACUUCCAGGACUACAGCGGCGCAGGAGGCGGAGCUGGAGGCAUGUUUAGAGGAGGAGGGGGUGGGUCUACAGCAGGGGGCGGUCCCAGUGGAGGAGGUGGAGGGCAUUUUUUCCAGGGAUAUUCAAAUUAUAACAAUUAUGGGACUGGAUACAACUUCUCAGGCAUGGGAGGAGGCGGGACUAGCAUCAAGCAUACAUAUCAAGACCCAGUAGAAGACAGUGAAGAGGAUAGCGACAGUGAUACAGAUGAUGAUCCUGCUUCAGGUGGAGGGGUGCGGAUCUGUGCCCAGCCUGAACCUGUUCCCCUGAAUCGGGGAGGGGCUAGUGAUGACGCACAGCCUACAGAAGAUCUCGAGUUAGACGCCACAGGCUGUGUGUUAGAGCCACAUUUGGCUGAGCUAGCUGGAAGACAUGCUCAAGCUCUCUUUCAUUACGCAUUAAGCGGUGAUGCUAGAAUGCUUCUGGCUCCACAGCGCCCCCUCAUGACCACUCAAGACGAGAACGGAGACACGGGUUUACAUCUGGGAGUGAUCCACAGUCAGGCAGAUGCCGUGCGAAAUCUAGCACAAGUCAUCUCUGAUCUCCCUGGAGAGGAUGUACUCAACAUGAGGAAUGAUCUCUAUCAGACUCCUUUGCACCUCGCAGUGUUGACGCAGCAGAAAGAGGCAGUCGAGGCUUUACUGGAGGCUAAGGUGGACGUCACGCUGACAGAUCGCCAUGGAAACACGGCGCUUCACCUGGCGGCUCAACAGAAAGAGGAAAGCAUGCUGCGAUUGCUGCUAAAGCACAAGUCAGUGGCGCAGUUAACUAGCAUGCCCAACACAGCAGGUCUCUGCGCGCUUCACCUGGCUGUACAGGCGAACAGUCUGAGUUGUGUGCGGGCCCUGUUGGAUGGCGGGGCAGACGUGGAGGUUCAGGAGCUUACGUGUGGCCGCACAGCACUUCAUCUGGCCACAGAGCUGGGAAACCUUUCCCUCGCCGGCUGCCUCCUGCUGGAGGGUAACGCAUAUGUAGACAGCGUCACAUAUAACGGCUCCACUCCUCUGCACAUUGCUGCAGGACGGGACUCAACCAAACUGAGCGCACUUCUAAUGGCUGCAGGAGCAGAUCCUCAUAAGGAAAACUUUGAACCGCUGUUCUUUAAAGAUGAUGAGCUGUGUGGCACAUGCGAGGACGAGGAAGAGGAUGAAGGCUAUAUUCCUGGGACGACCCCUCUGAACAUGGCAACUUCCCCAGAGGUGUAUGAUAUUCUUAAUGGAGAAGAGUAUCAGCCGAACACUAUCGUCGUUCCACCGCAAGGUGACAUGAAGAGCUUGAGCUCUGAAACGAAGCAGGAUCUGUGCCAGGCACUGGAGGGGCAGACGGGAGGAUGGGAGAGUCUGGCUCAUGCUCUGGGGCUCGGGAUCCUGACCAGCGCCUUCAGGCUCACCUCCUGCCCGGCUGGAAAGCUGCUGGACAGCUACGAGGUGUCUGGAGGAACGGUGCAUGAGCUGCUGGAGGGACUGAAGCAUGUUGGGAACAGCAGUGCUGUCAGUUUACUCCAGGCUGUGUGUAAGGAGCCUGAAGCUGUCCAAACCACACCUCAGCUCACAGGUCCAGGGCUCUGUAAGUCCAUUCAGGCUUUGACACUGGGCCCCCAUCAGGAGGAGAGUGGGAUAUGUGACAGCGGGGUGGAGACCUCUUUCUAGAGCCCCAGCUUUGGUCUCGCCGACUCCAAACACAAUCGCACAAACUGAGGCCUGACCCUAAAGACCAGCUUCUCCCUCCUCACUACAGCAGCAGUGCCACUCAACCUCAGGACACGCCUCCAACACCUUUGAUUGGCCACCACCCUCUGUGGAUGCUGCUCAGCCACGCCCAAAAUGCAAAUGAGCUCUGAACUCUGAGGAGUCUUUAAGCUGGGGAGUCCCCUGGCCAUGGGGAUUUUAUUCUCUUUUUUUUAGCUUUUUAAUAUUAAUAAUACCAAAAAGCACUUAUUUGAAAAUGUAUUGUUUUCCUUUUAUAAGAGCUAUAUUAUCUUUAAAUUGCCAUAAUAUAGCUUUUAAAGGGUAUAUUAAAGUGGCUGUUUUCAUUCGUGCUUAAGCUGAACAAUGACAUCCACAACUAAAUAUUUAGUUGGUUAUGAUGUCUUGGACAUUAUUAGAUUCUCAGGCCUGAUUUGCAAAAAAGAAAAAAGAAAAAAAAACAUUUCUUGCUUGAAUUUCUUGCAACUAUUUCCUUUGUUAAUGUAUUUUAACAAACAAUCCGAUUUAAGAACAGCACCUUCAGUUUAGAUAACCAAUUAUGCAGACUUCCUCAUAGUCAUCUGCUUGCAAAGGAUUUUCUCUUGGAACAGCAAUGCAAUGACAUACAGGAAGAGGAAGAGAGGAAAAGGAGGUCUACUGGGUUAUUAUGACCCUCUGGACCAAUCAAAUCUGUUGGAUGAUGGAAAAAGUUCUUCCCUUCAUAUUCAACCUUUCAGCUGUUAUUUAGGUUGGCGAUGGAUUUUAUUUUGCAUUUAGUGGUGCUAACGGGUUGUGAUAAAAAAAAUAAUAAGCUUUGAGAGAUUAUUCUCCCUUCCACUUGUUUGAUUGGUUAAAAAAAAACAGAAGGGUCAGUCCUAAGCAGUGAUUGGAGUGUGUGUGCGUGUGUGUGUGGAUAGCUUCAACCAGAUGCCUCAAGUGCCCUUAAAGAAAUAUUUUUGUUGUUACAUUUUUAUCAUUCUGUUUAAAAAAAAGUGAACUGUCAUUCCCUUCUGUUGUGUGUGUGUGAACUGUAGAAGACAAAACAUCACUCCGAUAUUCUGCUAAUGUAGAAUCAGUUCUAUUCAUGCAUCACAGAAUAUUUGUGUCCCAGAUCAGCUGUCUUUCUUUUUGCUUUAUGAAAUGUUCUAAACAUGGCCUCUGACCUUUGAACUGACUUGGGGACUCGCGUCACCAAAAUGCUUUUAGCCUCCGUGAUAUUAUUCAUACUACAGUAAAUAAUGUUCCAAUAACCAUCCAAAACCCCAGGCUAAAGGUUUGACAGGCACUGUAAUGUAUUUUUGGCUGUAAAUUGGUAUUUAUGUCUGUAACCUGUGAAGCAGUGUUGUACAGAGGGAAAAUUUUUUGUGCUUUGUUACUGGUUUUAUUGUGAUACUUUUUAUAAUAAAACGAUCCAUUGUGUA